AUGAGCGGCGGUGGUGGCGGGUCUAGGGUUCCGAUCCCCAACAAUGUACGGAUUACCAUCAAUGAUAUCAGAGAGAUCACCGGAAAACAGCACACCGACGAUGAAAUCUACGCCGUCCUUAAAGAAUGCUCCAUGGAUCCCAAUGAGACCGCUCAGAAGCUUCUCUAUCUAGAUACUUUUCAUGAGGUAAGAAGGAGGCGUGACCGAAAGAAAGAAGGAUCAAGCAGCAGGGUUUCUGAGGAGUCUAGAUCAAGGCAACGCGGACAGGGGAGGGGGGCCAGGGGAGCUUCAGGGGGCUAUUCCUCAAACUUUUUUGAUGGUGGUGGCGGGAGGAACUUUGCUAAUCGAAGAGAAAAUGGAGUCCAUCAUAUUGCAGAGAGAACUAAUGUUUCCUCUACACAGUCAGAUUUACAGAAAAUAACUAAUACACCACCUCAAGCCUCAAGGUUAGUUUCGGCUGUUGCACCCCAAAGUGCUGUAAAUCCAUCCAAUGGGAAGUCUGGUCAUGGUUCUUCUAGCCAAUCUCUCAAAGGCAGUGUUGUGAGUGUCCCUAAAACAAGUUUAGCUGCUAAUGACACUGUCAAUCAAGAAAAUAUCCAACCUCAAGCUGCUGUAGCUGUUGCAGCAACCGUUUCGCCUAAUGAAACCGUCGGCUCAAUUACACAAACUGACCAAGGAAAAUCAUCAAGUUCUGACCACGGAAAAUCUCUAUCAAGUUCUGAUCAACAUCAAAUUUCUGUAUCUGGUGUUUAUUCCUCUUCAGAUUCUGUGCCGGCCCCAUCUAUCGCCCAGAAUCCUGGUGUUGGUGGUGCCAUCAGUAGGGAAGUAGGGAAUGACUGGAUAUCUGCUGGGCCAAGUCAUGUUGAAGGAAAUAAACUUGAAGAAGCCGGUGAAUUAUCAGCAUCUAAGAAUGAAAAGUCCAGGUCAAUGAAUUCAACAAGCAACCCAAGUGCCAUACAGAAGUCAAAUGAAGUUGAAAGCAACCAGUUAUCUGAGCCCUUGCAUCUCUCAUCCACUUUAUCAUUGAAUAGCUCUUUGAGAUCACCUCAAGAUGUUUCUAAGACAGCCAAUGUCACAGAAGUCUCAGCUUCAGAAGCUCAUGUGCAAUCAACUGAGUUGAGGCAACAUGUUACUUUUCCAAACCAUUUCCAAGUGCCCGAGGCUUUUAAAAGCGGUCUGACAUUUGGAAGCUUUGAUACUUUUGCUCCAAGUGAAAGAUCUUAUAGUGUAACUGGUUGUGACAAUAGCACUUCUCCCACUCCUGAAACUUCUCCAGGGAAUGAUGAAUCUGUUACUUCUAGCAACCAAAGUGCGCCAUUGACUGAACACAAUCAAAGUGCGCCAUUGACUGAACACAAUCAAAGUGCGCCAUUGACUGAACAUGGAGGUCAUGUUGAUUAUGCACAUUCUUCAUCUUAUCUAGUUAAAACGACACUGGCUUCAGAAGGCAUUUCUAUAGCUGAUGAUGAUUCAAAGAUUGUGCAGCCAAAGCAGGAGGUAUUGUUAACUCCCGAGGGCCAUCCGAUUCUGACUGUUCAAAGUGCUCAAAACUAUGGUUUGAAUUUAAUGUCUACCAUGUUAGGGACUCAGCAAAUUCAAUUUGACGGUAGUGAGCUUCAGGCCCAAGAAACAUCACACUUACCUUCAUUUGUUACUGCAAGUUCUCAGGCAGUGUCCCCCAGCCCAACCCCACCUCUACAGAGUAAUAUACCUGUGUCUCCGCAGGCAGUUUCUUAUUUUAGGCCACCAUACCCAGCUAACUUCUUCCCAUAUGGCCCUUAUUACCCCCCAAUUUACUUGUCUCCGAUGCAUCAAUUUUUAAGCCACAAUGGUUUCCCUCAACAGCCAUCAGCUGGCAAUAUGUAUCUACCAACCGCCACUGCAGCUGCUGGAGUCAAAUUCCCUCUACCACAAUUCAAGGCUGCAGCAAACACAGGAAAUAUGUCUCAUAUCGGAAUUCCUUCGGGAUCAUUAAUGUCUCCACCUGUUGGGUAUGCUCCUACUCCGACAGUGAAUACUGGAAGCUCUGCUGGUAAUGAAAAUCUCGCAGUGUCUCAGUUGAAAGAAAACCAGAUAUAUACAACUGGACAACUGAGUGAAGGUUCUACUGUGUGGAUACAUGCACCAGGCCAAGAUAUAUCCAGUUUGCAACUUAAUUCUCUAUAUAACCUUGCCCACCAGGGACAACAUCUCACCUUCCCCCAGACACAGGCGGCUCCUGGAGCAUUUCCUGGUAUCUAUCAACCAGGGCAGACAGUAGCUUCACCUUCUACCCUCCUGCAGCAGUCCCAAGCUGUUGCUGGGCCUGUUGAAAAUGUAGGCCCUCCUCCUGGAUCUUAUCAGCAGCCUCCACCUGCACAGAUCAAUUGGAAUUCUAAUUUUUAG